GCAGAACGCCUGUUAAAUCCGACGCAAUGAUGCGAUUGGCUGUCUUUGGUGUUUUCCUUCUAGCGCUUAGUGGCUCCCGGGGUGAUGAGGUGCGUCAAUGGCCCACUUCGCUAGCUCUCAACGUACGAGGAUCAGCUGAAGUGAACUGUGUGCAGGAAGGAACGCUUCGCGAUAACAUGCUCUGGUAUCGUCAAUCCGCUAACGGAAGCUUCACUUUAAUCGGCUACACAGACUUAGCAGGAAAAGCUCACUAUGAAGAAGGUUUCAAGAGCGGCUUUCCUAUUACAAGGACAAUGGAAAAUAAAAAAUCUACUUUGAAGAUUGACAGCGUUAAACUCACGGACAGUGCAAUUUAUUUCUGUGCAGCUAGCACAUCGCUUCAUAGUCACCGACGUGGUAUCUGGGGAGAAGAAUCGCAUCUCCGAAUUUCCAACAGUCAGUUAAACACAGAAAAAACAUGUGCUGUUAGUACUGCCACAAUACGAAACACAUUUUUCACAAUCAUAGAUCCAUACGUGAUUGUUGUUAAAUGGCAACAAAUUGCUUUGAUUAGAAUUGAUCAUUGUGCAGGAAGCAUCGUUUAUUUCGGCGAAGGAACAAAGUUAACAGUUUUGGAAUAUGAUGUUAAGGAUCCUGUCAUCACUAUCUAUGGACCCUCUCCAGAAGAGCUUAAAGUCAAAAAGAAGGCAACUAUCGUAUGCCUAGUAACUGCCUUCUAUCCUGACAAUAUCAAAAUCCUCUGGUUUCUUGAUAACGCUGAAUUAUUGCCCACUGAUGUGCGUGUUCAGACUGACCACAAUUCCAUGUUAGAAGAUGGAAACAAAUCUUACAGCAUCAGCAGUCGGAUCAGAUUGUCGGUUAAAGAUUGGGUCCGGUACGAAAAUUUUGAGUGCAAAGUGGAUCACUAUCAACAAGGAACAGAAAAGAAAACAAAAACAGCAGCUUUACCCAUCAAAGCUGAAAUCUGCGGUACAAGUAAAGAAGACAAAAUCCACAGCAUGGAUGCAGGAAAAUUGACGUACCUGAUAUUGACUUGCAAAAGUGUCUUUUAUGGAAUAUUCAUCUCAAUAAUUGCUUGGAAAACUAAGACAUCUUACAGCAAAAGAUUUGACUGAUUAUCACAAAGCAAUGAAGACAAUGAACAGAUGAAUAGCAGAACAUAUGGACGAGAGGGAGAAGCAAGAAAAAUGAAUAUUGUGUUUAUCUAUGGGGUGAAUUUGAUCCACCUCACCACUGUAAAAAUAAGCACAAUAACACUGUGGAAGAUGAAUGAAGGACAUUUAUACAUCAGCUUAUCAUUUUCUGCUGAAAUAAAUCUUUUCAGGGUCUUGAUAUGUCUUUGCUUUCUUGGGUCUGAAUAGGUUAACUUUUGAAGAAUACAUAAAAUUUUUCCAGUUUUUUGUGUUUACUUAUCCAUUAUCCAUUAUCUUUAAAACUUCAUAGAGAAUCAUAGAACUCUUAAAUCAAAAUGGAAAACCAAUCGGCCAAACAUGAAAAUACAGAUAUCCUUGAAAUUUUUAUUACAAGACCAUUUUUUACAAUUAAUUUCAGCUUUCCCAUUUUUUGUGUGAAACUACAUCACACACCUCCUGUGUCAGUCUAUUAAACUAUGUAUAUUGUUAAGCAAAAUGGCAGAUUGUAACUCAAAUCUUGUUUAAAGCAACUCUUAUCUCUUAAAGUACAAACUGUUAUUGCUUUCUUUAGAUUUCAUCUUAUCAGUUGCUGAAACUGAGAUCCACAUUGUCCAUUAUUUUUCAUUAGUUUCUCAGUAAAUCAGUUAUUGACAGUUUUCUCAUGAUUUUGUCCUUUACUCAUUUCUAUGUUU